AUGUCAAACCCUUGCCUCCUCAACAGCCUGUUGGAGGGUGCCAAGUGUGACGGCAGUGUGAUUCAGAGAGACAGUUUGUGCUGCGCGGGAGACCAGCACAAGCCAUGUCCCCAUGGAAGAUGUCAGAGCUACCGAGGACCUAAUGUCAAACCCUUGCCUCCUAAACAGCCUGUCGGAGACGAGUGUGUUCAUAAAGCGGAUAAGAAAGGAUCAGACUACAGGGGAACUGUAUCCCGCACAAAAUCAGGACACGUCUGCCAGAGAUGGGACUCUAAUUCACCUAAUAAACACAAAUACUCUCCUAAGAAAUACCCUAAUUCAGGACUGCAAAAGAACUAUUGCAGAAAUCCAUCCGGUUCAUCAGGCGGCGCCUGGUGUUAUAAUGCUGGGGGAACUAAGCCUCGAUGGGAGUUCUGUAAUAUACCUACAUGCAGUGCUCAAUGUCCUCCUUCCCAUCCUCACGCCUACUACAACGGUCAACACUGUUGCAAAUCGAACAAGGAGAAGCACUAUAAACCUCAGGGUGCCAAGUGCGACGGCAGUGUGAUUCAGAGAGACAGUUUGUGCUGCGCGGGAGACCAGCACAAGCCAUGUCCCCAUGGAAGAUGUCAGAGCUACCGAGGACCUUCUAAACCCAAAAAGACUGUACCCGUAGUAAGAUUCACAGUAUGUGCCGAAGACAAUGUUGACUACUGGGGUGCAGACAUCAGAAACUUCGUUGCUCGAGAUUACAAACAUUGUGCCACAGAAUGUGCCAAGGCUCAGGGUCAAGGUUGCCGAUCUUUCACCUUCCACAAAGGAAACAAGCACUGCUGGCUGAAACAUACUCCCUUCGGAGCAAAAUACCAGCGUAAUAAAAACCAGCUUAAGAGUGGAAAUAUUAACUGUAACAAUUUCUUGAACCUCCCAAGCUGGCCACAAGACUUCAAAUGGGCUAAUGCUGGACCUCCUCGUGGAUACACCUGUGUCAAAUUAUGGGAACCUAAGGAUCCCCAUACCUGGAAUGAUAACUUUAUGUGCUGGAGAAACGACAGAGCUGAUCCGGGACUUAGAUGGUCCUUUGCUGGAGCCAUCCCCGGACAAAGAUGUACUCAAAUCAUCGAGGGAGCAGAACCAGCCGGACAUACUUGGAGAGACAACUUCCUUUGUGUGCAACAAAACUCCCCUUACCACUUUGUCUGGGCUUUUAGCGGUGCUAUGAAGGAUGGGUUCCAGAAACAAGGGAAACCUUGUAUCAAAUGGCACGAAGCAGCAGAUCCACACACGUGGAAUGAUAAUUAUCUGUGUAACCCUGGAUACGCUGGAAAAGCAGCUCCAGACGAGUGUGUUGAUAAAGCGGAUAAGAAAGGAUCAGACUACAGGGGAACUGUAUCCCGCACAAAAUCAGGACACGUCUGCCAGAGAUGGGACACUCAAUCACCUAAUAAACACACUAGAACUCCUAAGAAAUACCCUGAUUCAGGACUGCAAGAAAACUAUUGCAGAAAUCCAGACGGUUCAAAAGGUGCCUGGUGUUAUAAUGCUGGGGGAACUAAGCCUCGAUGGGAGUACUGUCAUAUACCUACAUGCAGUGUCAGAAAACCCCUGCCGUCCUGGCCCCAAGAUUUCAAAUGGAGCAACGCUGGUGUGCCGGCAGGAUAUUACUGUGACAGGAUCCUUGAGCUAGCAGAACCAGCCAAACACACAUGGAAAGACAAUUUCUUCUGCUGGAAGAACACCAAGGCCGAUCCUGGAAUACGAUUCAAUAUGAACGGAAAAGUUCCCAGCUCGAAAUGUACACAGAUAUUGGAACCAGCAGACCCUCACACAUGGAGGGAUAACUAUCUUUGUGUUCCACCAAACUCUCCUUACCAGUUUACCUGGGUAUUCAGCGAUGCUAAUAGAAAUAAUGAACAUAAAGCAGGAAAAGCUUGCAUCCGGUGGUUGGAGACUGCGGAUCCCCAUACAUGGAGAGAUAACCAUCUUUGUCAUUAUCCAGUCAAUAGUCCUAACCCAAGAAUUCAUAGCAGCCUCCAAAAAAGAGAAAAAUUGCCACGGAAAGCAGAACCAGUGCCACCCCCAGAGACAGGAAAUUUCAUUCUGCUCUCAAACGGCAAGAAAGCUUCUCAGUCGUCAACCCUGUCCGGGGGACUCGCCAAGUAUGCUGUCGAUGGUAAAACUGAUGGACGCUUUAACAAGAAAUCGGUGUCUCAUACCAAAACCAAUAAGAAUAACUGGUGGAAAGUGGAGCUUGGUAAAACCUAUGCAAUUAACUUGGUGAUAGUUUACAACCGUGCUGACUGCUGCCAGAGCAGGAUCAAUGGCGCCAAGGUUUUCGUUGACAAUUACCAAUGCGGAAGGAUCGUGUACAUUCCCAACAUGAAGUUCAACACAGUGAAUUGCAAUGGCCACAAAGGAAAAGAGGUGAAGAUUGUCCAAGAUCACGACUAUCUUCAACUUGCUGAGGUCGAAGUCUACGGUGGAGACGCUGGAGUGUCCGGAAUUGGUCUACUCUCACAAGGACGCCCCACCAAACAAGACAGUGUCGGAUUUGGAGGAGCACCUUCCAGAGCUGUCGACGGAAACACUAAUGGACUCUGGGCCAGCGGGACAUCUUCUCAUACUCAACAUCCUAAAAACAGUUGGUGGCAGGUGGAUCUUCAAGGAACAUACCCCAUUCAUGUAGUAAUCAUCCAUAACCGUCUAGAUUGCUGUCAAGACAGAAUCCACGGUGCAACCGUAUUUGUUGAUAAACACAAAUGUAGCUCUGUUUGGUACCUGAAAGGUCGUAACACAUAUGCAAUAAACUGCGCUGGAGCUAAAGGACGAAUUGUUCGAAUAGAGCAGCCUAAAAACUACUUGACACUUGCCGAAGUACAAGUGUUUGGAACCGGAGGCCAAAAGCCCAUAGGAAGCAACAUCGGCAGCGGAGACUCUUCUAUGCUUCUGUCCCAAUACAAAUACUCGCUGCAGUCUAGCGAAGCACAUGGUGGUAAUGCCAUGAGAGCUGUAGAUGGAAGAACAGACGGAGUAUGGGGACGAGGCUCUGUAACUCACAGCGGCGCAGCUAAAAAUAAUUGGUGGAAGGUUGAUCUGUACAAAAACUAUGUUAUAAACAUGGUGAUUGUGUAUAACAGGAGAGACUGUUGUCAAGAGAAGAUUAACGGUGCAGAGGUGUUUGCUGGAGACUACAAGUGUGGCACGAUCCAAUAUAAUAAGAAGAUGUUAUACUAUGUUGUCUCUUGUGAUGGCCAUGCGGCAGACUAUGUCAAGAUUGUCCAAAAGCACAACUGGCUCCACAUGGCUGAGGUUCAAGUAUUCGGUGGUAGCAAGAAAGUGCCCCGAAUGUCUCUCUUGUCACAGGGAAGACCCACCAAAGCAAGCUCUGUUGGAUACGGUGGCGUACCACAACGAGCUGUUGAUGGCAAUGUUGACGGAGCAUACAAUGCAGGAACCUCACAGCACAGCAAAGUAAACAAAAACAACUGGUGGCAGGUAGAUCUUGAGGGGAAGAACCAGGUUUACAUGGUCCUCAUUCACAACAGAGUGGACUGUUGUCAAAACAGGCUCAACGGUGCUCAGGUUUACUUGGACAGCCACCUUUGUGGAACGAUCAAGUGGAACGCUGGUCAGAACGUCUAUCCUAUUGACUGUGGCGGCAAAACUGGACGAAUCGUCAAGAUCGUUCAGAAAACCAAUUACCUUACUCUGGCUGAAGUCCAAGUGUUCGGACCAGCUAAGAUAGCUGAAUGCAGUAAGAAUACUUGCGAGAUUCCCAAAGGAACAAUCGGUUUAAUUGGAAAUGGCAAGAGGAUAACCUCCACCAACGGCGAAGCUUACGCGGUCAUGGAGAAAACUGGAAACUUUGUUCUUUAUUGCAAAGGAGGUGUUCCCAUUUUGGCAUCAAACACUGAUGGCAAGUCUGUGAAAGAUGGACUUAAACUGCAGUCGGACGGUAACAUGGUUCUGUAUGAUGUAAAAGGAAACGUGUUGUGGGCCAGUCAAACCCCUGGUAACACCGGAGGUUACAUCCUGAAAGUACAGGACGAUAACAACAUGGUGUUCUACACCGGUGGCAAGGCCAAGUGGGCCACAAACACAGUGAACGCUUGCGAUGGCCUGACAAGAGUAACCAAGACAAGCACACCUAUCUACUUCGACCCUAUAAGGAAUCCAGUUUACAUAAGGUUAAACCCUCACCAUGCGUUCAGUGGAGGUAAAUUCUCAGUCUAUUUGAACUUGUUAGAUGAUAAGAACAAGGGUCUGGGAUAUGUUGAAGUCUUCUACGAAUUCAAAGGAGGCAAGGUCGCCAAUGCUGCCUUGAAGUUCUGGUCCAAGGGAACUGGUGCAGUUUGUAACGACGACAAGGUGCUUGAUAACAGCAUGGCUCAAGUAAUCAGAUGGGAACUUAACGAAAAUAACAUGGCUAGAGUCAACAACAAGAAGGAUGCCAACUUCAAAUGUGGCAAUGCAAACAGUUUCCGCGCCUUCCUGAAAUCCGGAAAAAUAGCGAGAGCAUCACUGAGAUAUACCAACUUUGGCAGUCCAUUCAACCUUGAAUGGUUGUGGGUGUAUUACCGAGUUGGUAGGAUGCCAAAUUAUGGCAGUGGAAACUUCAUGCUGCUUUCUCAAGGAAAGAGGGCUUCUCAAUCAUCUACAAAAUGGGUUGCAGAAGCCCAGUAUGCCGUUGACGGCAAAUCUGAAGGACGUUAUCAGUUGAGAUCAACUUCGAGUACCAAAAAACAACCUAAAAACAACUGGUGGCAAGUAAACCUGGAAGGGACCUAUGCUGUCAACAUGGUGGUCGUGUACGCCAGAACGGACAAAUGCUGCAGGAGCUUUAUUAACGGUGCUAAGGUAUACGUUGAAAAACACCUGUGUGGUCAUAUCAUCUGGAUUCCCAACAAACUUGUCUACCCUGUCAAUUGCAACGGAGCUAAAGGCAACGUGGUCAGGGUUGUCCAAGACUACGACUAUCUUCAACUUGCUGAGCUCGAAGUCUACGGUGGUUCCGCUGCUAUGAAGGCCCUGAGUCUACUCUCACAAGGACGUCCUACCAAACAGGACAGUAUCGGCUGGAGUGGGGCAGCUGCUCGAGCUGUCGACGGUUACACUAGUGGACAAUGGAAUCUAGGCACAUGUUCCCAUACCCACAAUCCUAAAAAUAGUUGGUGGCAGGUGGAUCUUCAAGGUACACACGCAGUUUACCUGAUCAUCAUCAACAACCGCUGGUCGGAAGGGACCGGACCCCGGAUUGAUGGAGCGAUUGUCAAGUUAGACAAACAUGUCUGUGGUACAAUCCACUACAAGAAGGGAAUGAAUAGUUAUCCAGUCAACUGUAAUGGUGCUAAGGGUAAAAUAGUCCGUAUUGAGCAGCCCAAGAACUACCUGACACUAGCUGAAGUGCAAGUGUUCGGUCUUGGAGGUGCUGCACCAGUCGGAAGGAACGUUGGUGUCGGUGACUACUCCAUGCUACUGUCUCAGAACAAAUACGCUCGUCAGUCCAGUGAAGCCCAUGGGGGUAAUGCUAUGAGAGCUGUAGAUGGUAAUACUGAUGGCAUAUGGGGACAUAGCUCCGUAAGCCACAGUGGUUCUCCAAAGAACAACUGGUGGAUGGUUGAUCUGUUCGAUGAUUACAAAAUCAACAUGGUUGUUAUCUACAAUAGGAGGGAUUCCGGCCAGAACAGGAUUAACGGAGCAGAGGUGUACGCGGGUGAUUUCAAGUGCGGAACGAUUGCUUACAAUCGCAAGAAAUUCUUCUACGUCAUAUCCUGUAAUGGUCACGAGGCCAGUACUGUUAAAGUAGUACAAAACAAGAACUGGCUCCAUAUGGCCGAGGUUCAAGUUUACGGCGGAACGAAGAUUAUAAACAGAAUGUCUCUCUUGUCACAAGGAAGGCCCACCAAAUCCAGCUCUGUUGGAUUUAGUGGUGUACCAAAACGAGCUGUUGAUGGUAAUGUUGACGGAAAAUACAGUGCAGGAACCUCAACUCACAGCAAAGGCACUAAAAACAACUGGUGGCAGGUGGACCUCGAGGGCCAGAAUAAGGUCUACAUGGUUCUCAUUCACAACAGAAUUGAUUGCUGUCAGAACCGAAUCGACGGUGCUCAGGUUUACCUGGACAAGCAACUCUGUGGAACAGUGCACUGGCAGUCCAGUCAGAGUGUCUACCCAAUAAACUGUGGUGGUAAAUCUGGUAGAAUAGUAAAGGUUGUCCAGAACAAAAAUUACCUGACCCUAGCAGAGGUGCAAGUAUUCGGACCAGCCAUGAUUGCAAAGUGUGGUAAGGACACAUGUGCCGUGCCCAGGGGAGCUCUUGGUUUCGUUAAAACAACACAGAGCAUAACUUCUCCUAACGGUAAAGUUACUGCAGUCGUGCAGAAAGAUGGAAACUUCGUCUUGUACUGUAAUGUUGGAAAAUUGAAGGUUGCUAUCUGGGAGUCGAAGACUGCUGGCAAAGACGUCAAUAAGGAUGGUCUUACACUUCAGUCUGACGGAAACAUGGUUAUCUACGGAAAGAAAGGAAACGUGUUGUGGACCAGUAACACAAGUGGUAAUAACAAAGGAUAUUCCCUGGAAGUGCAGAAUGAUGGUAAUAUGGUCUACUACAGUGAGGGCAAAUCCAAAUGGUCCACAAAGACUUACGGAGCUUGCGGUGAUCUGUCCAGAGUUACAGGAACUACUAAACCUGUCUACUUUGAUCCAAUAAGGAACCCAAUCGACAUAAGGCUGACUCCAAUAAAACCAUUCAAUGGUGGAAAGUUCUCGAUCUACUUUGACUUUAAGGAUGAGAAGAACCAAGGAGUAGGAUAUGUUGAAAUUUACUACGAGUACAAAGGAACCAAGGUCAUCAAAUCAGCUCUUAACUUUUGGUCGAAAAAAACUGGUGGAGUAUGCAACGACUGGAAGGUCCUUGAAAACAGCAUGGCUAACUUAAUCCAAUGGGAUCUUAAAACAUCACACUUGGCCAGGGUUAACAACAAGCGAAACGCAAACUUCAGAUGUGGCAAUGCGAAUAGCUUCCGCAACUUCUUGAAAUCUGGCGUGAUAACCAGUAUAACACUGAGGUUGGAUAACCAUAAGUCUCCAUUCAAGUUAGAUUCACUCCUAGUCUUCUACAAGAUAGGAAGGGUUCCUAAUGUUGGAACAGGUAACUUUAUGCUGCUGUCUCAAGGAAAGAGAGCUGCAGAGGAUAGCAUGGGAUGGAGCGGACAAGCUAAGUUCGCAGUUGAUGGAAACACUGAGGGACGCUUCAAUCAGAGGUCAGUAUCCCAUACUCAACACAAAAAGAACAGUUGGUGGAAGGUCUACCUUGAAGGAACCUACGUAGUCAACAUGGUCGUUAUCUACAACCGAGAAGACUGCUGCCACGAGCGAAUAAACGGCGCUAAGGUGUACGUAGAUAAGAAACUGUGUGGUCGAAUAGUUUACGUACCUCGCCUGAAGUACUACACUGUCACAUGUGAGGGAGCUAAAGGAAGUGUCGUCAAGAUAACAAAUGAACACAACUACUUGGCUCUGGCUGAGGUCCAGGUCUACGGAGGAACCACUGUCGUGAAAGACCUGAGUCUACUGUCACAAGGACGUCCAACCAAACAGGACAGUGUCGGCUGGGGAGGAGUUCCUUCCAGAGCUGUCGACGGUAACACUAAUGGACAAUGGAACCAAGGAACAUCUUCUCAUACCCAACACCCUAAAAACAGUUGGUGGCAGGUGGAUCUCCAAGGAACAUACCCCAUCCACUUGAUAGUCAUCAACAACCGCCGGGAUUGCUGCCAUGACCGAAUUAACGGAGCAAUCGUCAAGGUAGACAAACAUGUCUGUGGUACAGUCAACUACAAGAAGGGAAAAAGCAUUUAUCCUAUCAACUGUGGUGGAGCCAAGGGUAGAGUAGUCCGCAUUGAGCAGCCCAAGAACUACCUGACACUCGCAGAAGUGCAGGUAUACGGAAGCGGAGGAGUAGGAGGAGUUGGAAGCAACAUUGGUUCUGGAGACUACGCCAUGCUUCUCUCUGAGAACAAGUAUUCCACUAUGUCAUUUGGAGGUCGUGCGAUGAGAGCUGUUGAUGGUAACACUGAUGGUAACUGGGGACACAACUCUAUUGCUUACACGGGCAAGAACAAAGAUAACUGGUGGGAGGUUGAUUUGUACGCGGAGUACAACAUCAACAUGGUUGUUAUCUACAACAGAAAGGGUGCUGAGAGCUAUAUAAACGGAGCACAGGUAUUCGUCGGAAAGUACAGAUGCAGAACAAUCAGGUACCGAGCCGGAAAAAAAGUGUACGUAGUAUCUUGCAACGGCAAAAAGGGACAAAAAGUCAGAGUUGUCAACAAGAAACAUCCCCUGCAAGUGGCCGAGGUCCAAGUUUAUGGAGGAAGCAAGGCUGUGCAAGAAAUGUCUCUUCUUUCCAUGAAAAGACCCACCAAAUCAAGCUCUGUUGGAUGGGGCGGUGUCCCACAACGAGCUGUUGAUGGCAAUGUUGACGGAGCAUACAAUGCAGGAACCUCACAGCACAGCAAAGUAAACAAAAACAACUGGUGGCAGGUGGACCUUCAGAGAAAGUACAAAGUGUACUUAGUCUUGAUCCACAACAGAGCUGACGCUUGUUGUAGGGACCGGAUAAACGGAGCUCAGGUCUACCUGGACAAGCAACUUUGUGGCACCGUCCAGUGGAAUGCUUUCGAGAAUGUCUACCCAAUAAACUGCGGUGGAAAGACCGGCCAGGUAGUCAAGGUGGUUCAGAAAGAUAACUACCUAACUCUGGCUGAGGUCCAAGUGUUCGGUACUCGAGCUGCUGGAGCCCGCAGUUCUGCUAACUACGGUACCUUCUACACCAUGAAUACUGGACGUGGAAUGAGCAUUGGAAACCUGAAACAGGGUGCAAUCUACACGCUUCCUGGAGGUCUCAUCAUAGAAGGAACUCCUCUUAUCUUCAAGGGACGGCUCAUAAACAAGGAGCAGAGAUGGUCGGUCAAUUUAUUCACUAACGCCGGACAAAUUUCCCUUCACUUCAACCCAAGACCAAAGAGCGAAGUGAUCGUUUUGAAUUCAGCCAAGAAGGCUGGUAAGGGAUGGAAAUGGGGUAAAGAAAUAAGUGUACAUUUCCCCGAGACCCUGAUAUCCGGAGAUGACUUUACUCUGAUCAUCAUCGUCGAGGACAACCGAUUCACAUUCCAGCUGAACGAGCACAAGUUCAAGAAGACAUUCCCACACCGAGAGAAGUUCCGUGAAAUCAGGAGGAUGCAAGUAAACGGUCCUGCUGGUACCUGGUCAGACUUCUAUAGAAGUUGUUUGUUGAUGAACAGAAACCUAUCUGGUGGAGACAUCAAACACUUCAAAUCGAAGAGCAAGAAAAGCCCUGUCGAGUGCAGAAAUGCCUGUAUGGCAGAGAAGAGAUGCACAGCCUUCACCUUCGAUAAGAGAAACGGAAACUGCUGGAUUAAAGAAGCCAGCCACAGACCUAUCUCCAGGGACAACAACCUCAUAUCAGGACUCAAACGUUGUUUCUACGGAAAGAGCGGCUCGACUAUCGGUACAGGAAGUGUACAGCUGCUGUCUCAGAACGCUAGAGUGGAGCAAAGUACCAUAGGCUCGGGAGGCAAACCCGAGCGAGCUGUGGACGGUAACGUCAGAGGAGAUUGGGGUGGCAGUUCUGUAAUGAGCACACUGGCGCCAAAGGGCAAGCCACAAUUUUUCACAGUCCACCUAGUGCAGAAAUUCAAGAUUAACCUGGUGAUGGUCUACAACCGUAAAGACGCUUGCUGCGCUGGCCGAAUUGACGGGGUCGAAGUGUACGCUGGUACCCACAAGUGUGGAACUAUCAGAUACAUUCCCGGUCACAACGUCUACCACCUGGAUUGUAGCGGCGUUGAAGCUGACUUUGUCAAGGUUGUGCAAACAGUAGGCUUCCUCAACCUCGCUGAAGUUCAAGUGUAUGGAGGAAGCAGCAAGAUUGGUGGCCUCGGACUGCUCUCAUUCCGUAAGCCCACCAAACAGUCCUCUAUGGGCCAUGGUGGAAUCCCAUCCAGGGCCGUGGAUGGAAAUACCGAUGGCCACUACGGGCACAAGUCUGUGACCCACACAAAACACGGGAAAGGAAAAGACAACUGGUGGCAGGUGGAUCUUGAGGGCACGUUCUCUGUCUACUUGGUGAUGAUUCACAAUCGCUGGGACUGCUGCCGGGAGAGGAUUAACGGAGCGGAGGUCUGGCUGGAUAACUACAAAUGUGGAACAAUCGAGUGGUACAAGGGCGUGCUCGUUUACCCCGUCAACUGCGGGGGCAAAGCAGGUAAAAUCAUCAAGGUUAUGCAGAAGAACGCAUUCCUGUCUUUGGCGGAGGUCCAAGUGUUCGGUACCGGAGGUGAUGUAGGAAGUGUUCCCAACUACGGUAGCGGAAACGUCAAGCUGCUCUCACAAGAGAAAUAUGCCACUCAGUCUUCCACUAAUGGGAAACAUUUCGCGUAUCUUGCUGUCGAUGGCAAAGUGGAUCGUGCCCCAUUCAGCUUGUGCACAGAAACCAAGACACCCAAAGACAAUUGGUGGUCUUUGGACCUUGGCACUGUAUACGCAAUCAACAUGAUCAUAGUCUACAACCGAUUCGACAACAUCAAAGGACAGAUCAACAUCAAUGGAGCUGAGGUUUACGUCGGGACCAAGAAAUGUGGAACAAUCUACUUGGUUCCAGGAAGACGUUCUUACAUGGUUGCUUGCGGAGGCGCUCGUGGUUCAACCAUUAAGAUCACUCAGAAAACUCAUCACCUCAAUCUCGCAGAGGUCCAAGUUUACGGAGGCAGCACUGGAAUCUCUGGACUAUCCCUUCUAUCAGGAGGCAGACCCACAAAGUCCUCUCCUCUCAUGCAUGGCGGAAAAUCCAGCAGAGCUGUUGAUGGCAACACUGACGGACACUGGAGUCACGGCUCCGUCACCCAUACUACCAACAAGAACGCCUGGUGGGAAGUGGACCUCCAAGGUACAUACCCCGUCUACCUGGUGGCUGUUCACAACCGCUGGGACAACUAUGCGGACAGGAUAGAUGGUGCUGUUGUCAAGGUUGAUAACCAUGUCUGUGGAACCAUCUACUAUCUCCCUGGAAUGAAUGUGUACCCUGUCAACUGUAACGGUCACAAGGGAAGCAAGGUUCGAAUCGAACAACCGAACAACUAUCUGUGUCUUGCGGAGGUACAAGUGUUCGGAUCAGGAGGCCCAGGGCCUCUUGGACGAAACAUCGGAACCGGAAGCUACGCCAAACUGCUGUCACAAAAUAAAUACGCCCACCAAUCAAGUGUCGCUGGCGGUGGUCUCGCUAUGCGGGCUGUUGAUGGCAACACUGAUGGUAUGAUGUCACACGGCUCUGUCUCUUACAGUGGUAAACCCAAAGAUAACUGGUGGCAAGUUAACCUGUACCAGGAUUACAGGAUAAACUUGGUCAUCGUCUACAAUCGUAAGGAAGCUGCAACAAGAAUCGACGGCGCUGAAGUGUACGCAGGAAAAUCAUUGUGCGGUUACAUCUUCCACAACCCCAAUAAAGCUCACUACAUCAUCAAAUGUAAUGGUCUGACUGCUGAUAACGUCAGGAUUGUUAACAAGAAGAACUGGCUCCAUAUGGCCGAAGUUCAGGUGUUCGGAGGUAGCAAGGCUGUCACCGGAAUGAGAUUGAUCUCUAAAAAUAAGCCAACAAAAGCAAGCUCUGUUGGUUGGGCCGGUGUUCCAGCAAAGGCUGUCGAUGGUAAUGUCGAUGGUGUGUGGAGUCAUCACCAAACCUACUGCAGUAAAACCAAUAAAGGAACAAACUGGUGGCAGGUGGAUCUCCAGGGAAAAUACCCCGUGUACAUGGUUCUCAUUCAUAACAGGAUGGACAAGUGCUGCAGGGCCAGAAUCCAUGGUGCUAAGGUCUACUUGGACAACACGCUCUGUGGUACAGUACACUGGAAUCCCGACCAGAACGUCUUCCCGAUCAGUUGUGGAGGAAGAAAGGGACAGGUUGUUAAGAUCGAGCAGACGGACGAAUACCUGACCCUACCCGAGGUUCAGGUAUUCGGGACCACUUCCGGAAUAAAACGAACCGUUCCGUACGGAAAAUACUACCUCAACAACAGAGGAAAGGGACUCAAAGUACCAGUGGUAUCUGGACAAACCUACCCCAUUAUGGGAGGUCCGAUACAGCCUGGAACCGUUCUGAUAUUCGAGGGUGUUAUUCAAGACGAGAAGACCAGUUGGUACAUCAACCUCCUCGUCAAAAACGGUGACCAGAUUGCUCUUCAUUUCAAUCCAAGACCAAAAGAAGGGAAGAUAGUUUUGAACACAGCUCAAGCAUACAUGCAUGGCAAGGAGAGAAAACACAAAUGGCUAUAUGAAAAGACUUUCCACUGGCCGGACACCUUCAGCAAGGGCGAUCAAUGGGCACUGGUGCUGACCAUAGAUCAUCGCUGGUUCGAGUUUGAGAUUAACGGACAGAAAAACAAGUAUCAUUUCAACCAUCGUCACCAGAGAUAUUUCGAUAUCAGUGCCAUCAGCUACGCUGGACCUUCAGAUACAUUCUCUAUGAUGUACAGAAGUUGUCUGCUGGAGAACAGGAACCUGGCAGGAGGGGAUAUUACCAACUUCAUGACCGGGAAGAACAUCUUGACUUGCAAGGCUCGCUGCUUGAAACACGCUGAAUGCGUUGCGUUCACGUAUCAGAAGUCAACUGGCAGGUGCUGGAUUAAGAGACCCGGACAUAACGAUGUCACUUAUGGCCACAAUCUGAUCUCAGCAUUCAAAUCAUGUUACACAGGCGAUCAUUCAUUUGGAAGUGGCAACGUUAAACUGCUCUCACAGUUCUUCGAGGCUUCUCAGUCCUCGGUCGGCUGGAACGGAAAACCAAGCCGAGCUACCGACGGAAACACUGACGGGCAAUACGGAGCAAACUCUGUAAUGCACACCCAGAAGAAGGGACCUCAAUGGUGGAUGGUCGACCUCGGAGGUGCCUUUAAUAUUAACUUAGUGGUUGUUUACAACCGAAUGGACACUGCUCAAGAAGAAAUCAACGGAGCUAAAGUCUACGCAGGAAAGAAAUACUGUGGUAAAAUCAGCUACAUUCGUGACCGCAAUGUUUACACAAUUCCCUGCCAAGGUGCAUCAGCUAGUUUCGUGAAGAUCACAACAGUGAACCAUUACAUCAAUGUAGCAGAAGUACAGGUCUACGGUGGUACUGCGAAGAUCAAGGACUUAAACCUGGUCUCUUACGGGAAACCAGCAAAACAAACCAACAUGGGUUGGGGCGGUGUUGCUCAGAGGGCUGUAGAUGGAAAUGUAGAUGGAAACUAUAAUCGACACAGUUGCUCUCACACCAGGACAAACAAGAACGUUUGGUGGGAAGUGGACUUAGAGCUCACAUACCCAAUCUACAUGAUACUGGUUCACAACCGUAGGGAUUCUGCCCAAAACAGAUCGAUGGUGUUUAUGUUUAUGUUGUAUCAGAAGUAG